AUGGCCAAGAAGGGGAAGCAGCAGCAAGCCGAUGCGAAGAAGAAGGGCGGCAACGCCAGCGCAUGGACCAAGGUCGACAUGACCGAGUACGAGCUGGAAGGCUUCGCCGAUGGUGGCGCCUUUGAGCUGGAAGAGCUCACGGAGUACACGAUCGAAGAAGACGCGUUUGGUGGCAAGACGCUCAAGGCGGCGUCGGGCAAAGCUACCAAGAAGCCCAAGCAGCAAACGCAACAAAAGCAGCAGAAGCAGACCAAGGUGGUCGAGAGCGACAACCAAGACAGCGCAGCGACAGCGCCGGCGGCUGUCGUGGAUGCCGAAGGCAAGAAGCGCAAGAAGAAGAAGCGCACCAAGAAGAACAAGGGCGCGGCGACCUCGGACGCAGAGGCCAAGGCCGACGACACGACCGAGGACAAGGACGACCAAGUUGCGACCAACGAAGAUGAUACCAACAAAGACGACGACGCUGCUGCCGUGGACGACGAAGAAGAGAUCUCGACCGAGCCCUUCCCCGAGUGGGCCAAGUACAAGCUCCACCCGACGAUCAACCAAGCGCUUCGCCGCGUCGGCUUUACGGGCCCGACCGAGAUCCAGGCCAAGACGUUGCAUCCGGCUGUGAUUGAACACCGCGACGUGGUCGGUGCCGCGCCGACGGGGUCGGGUAAGACGCUCGCGUUCGGUCUGCCCGUGCUGCACCACUUGUUGUCGCACCCGGAGCAAGAAAAGAAGUGCCGCGCGCUCAUUCUGACGCCGACGCGCGAACUGGCCAUGCAGAUCACGGAGCAUCUGAUGAAGAUCGUGCCCAACAAGCGCCAGAUCGGCAUUGUGACCUUGGUCGGUGGCAUGGCGGUCCAGAAGCAGAUCCGCCAGCUCUCGUAUGCGCCCGAGAUUGUCGUCGCGACGCCCGGUCGUCUCUGGGAAGUCAUGGAGGCCGGCGAGAGCCACCACUUUGCGGCCCUGAACCGCGACUUGCAGUUUCUCAUUGUCGAUGAAGCCGAUCGCAUGCUCCAACCCGGCAGCUUUCCGCAGCUGCAAAAGAUCUUCGAAAAGAUCAACUCGAACACGGCCAAGCCAGUGAAGGGCAAGGUCCUCGAAGACAUGGACGACGACGAUGAAGACGACGAAGAUGUGCCCAUGGAGGCGGCCGAGACGUCGGUUGUGAUGCUCGACGACAUCCUCAAGCAGCACGAAGCAGCCAAGGCUGCCAAACCCGAGGCGGCAGCGCCCAAGACACCCACGUUUGUGCGGCAGACGUUCCUCUUUUCGGCGACCAUGACGCUCAAGAACGCUGGCCGGUACCAGACCAAGCGUAUGAAGAACCCGACGGCGCUCACGGUGCUUGAGAGCAUCAUGCGCCGCGUGGGUCUCCGCGGCAAGCCGGCGGUCGUCGACCUUAGCGUGGCGGCCGCGACCUCGGCGACGACCGACGAGAGCGCACCGGCGAGCAAGAAGCCCAAAGGCACGUCGGAAGUGACGCUGCCGGCCGGCCUCGAACUCUCGCAAAUCGAGACGCUCGACGAACACCGCAACGACUGCCUCUACUACUUUUUGACGCAGUACCCGGGGCGCACGAUUGUCUUUUUGAACGCGAUUGCCGGUGUCCGUCGCGUCGCUGGCAUCUUGAGCCUCCUCAAGCUGCCGGUGUUUGCGCUCCACGCCGAGAUGCAGCAGAAGCAGCGCCUCAAGAAGCUCGAGGGCUUCCGCGCCAACCCCAAGGGCAUUCUCAUUGCCACCGAUGUCGCCGCGCGCGGUCUUGAUAUCCCGAGUGUCGAGUACGUCGUACACUACCACAUCCCGCGCUCGGCCGAGACGUUCGUUCACCGCAGUGGUCGCACGGCCCGUGCGGCCAAGGAAGGUCUCAGUGUCUCGAUGGUCGCCCCGAUCGACGCGAAAUACCAUGCGCAGAUCUGCAACGUGCUCCACCGCCCGUCGGGCUUUUCGUCGUUUCCGAUCGACCACAAGUUCCUCCCGGUCAUCAAGGAGCGCGUGAAGCUCGCGGAACAGAUUUACGCGGAAGAGAACCAAGAGAGCAAGUCCAAGUCGGAAGCCUCGUGGUUCUCGCAGAUGGCCGAAGCCGCCGACUUGCCGCUCGACGACGAGCUCCUUGCGCAAAUGCAUGUUGAGGGCGGCUCGGAUGUGCGCGGCGCCAAGGCGAAUCUGAACCGCCUUCUCCAAGAACCGCUGCGCCCGAUUGGUGCCAAGCGCAAGUUCCGCAUGCUUCACGAAGAGAUGAAGAGCAACCUCUUGACGGCCGACGGCGAGUACCGGUCACGCGACGCGACCGCGGACCUCAUGAAAAAGUCCAAGAAGCACUCGCUCAAGCGCUUCCGGAAGAGAUAA